AUGUUCAAGCAAGCCUUGGCUCUUUCUCUUUUCCAGGCUGUUGCUAAUGCAGCUCCUGCGGGCACACCAGUCCAGGCCGCGGCAGCACCUCCUGCAACGUUCACAGCAGAUCCGAGCAUCGGCCCGGGUGGGAGCUCCUACACCGAUUCUCCGCACUUCCGCGUCUAUGGGGCGACUGGGACGACAGGCACCAAUACUGUUAAUAUGCUCGAGGCAGCCUAUUCCUGCUUUGUCGACACAUUGGCAUGGCGUUCCUCUGGGUUGUCUUUCAAUGACGCCUCUGAUGCCGGCCCAUACAAAAAAGUCAAUGUCUACUCCGUCAGCUCACUGAGCGGCAAUGCAGCUGGUGUCAUGCAUUCCGAUGCCGGCAUGUCAUGGCUUGAAGUCGUCGACACGUACCUCACCGUUCCCGGCGUCACUGUUCACGAGUACGGCCACGGGCUGACCUACGCCGCGAAGACAUGGGUAGACCAAGGAAACACUGGAGCCUGGUGGGAGACUGUCGCGAACUGGGUCGCAGAUACCUACAAGACGUCGCCGCUCUGUGCGACUGCACGUUCGAAAUAUGGGCAGUCUACAAGCGCCACGGAGAUCGACCUCAACACAAUCAUUGGAAACUCAUACCUCGUCCUCGUCGAUGGCACCGCCAACUACUACGAGCAGUGGCCCUUCCUGUCUUACCUAACAUACAACCCGGACAACUUCUCUGGCCUGGGGCAAAGCACUGUAUACCAGGGUUUCGCCCAGUAUAGCAAGAACAGCAACGAGACACCACUGCACACGUAUGCUCGCCUCUUAAAGAGCGGUACGAUCCAGCAAGUCGUCGGGCGCUACUGGGCCCGCAUGGCCUUCGCUGACAUCGGCCACCCAACCGCGCAAUCUGUCUUCCUUGCUCAACGAAACUCGCUCAACUACGCCAACCUGGAUUCCCAAGGCAGCGGUGUGUACAAGGUCAAGAGCGCGCGCCAGCCUCGAUACAUGGGCGCGAACAUUGUCCCGCUGAAGAAAUCCGGCACUGUCACCGUGACGGCGAAGAUCACGACCAGCGGCUCGUAUACAGCGACGUUGUCGAUUCGCAACACUAGCACGGGUGUGACGAGGUACGUCGAUUUUGCGAGCGGUUCGGCAUCAGCUUCCGUGUCGAGCAGCGAGGAGGCGAUGGUGGUCGUCGCGAACACGCCUGCACUGAUUGUGCAUGAUGCCUUUAAUAUCCCAAGCACCGUUAGCAAGGGCCUUGACUACACGCUUACCCUCACCGGUGCGACCGCAUAA